GUGACGCGCCGCCGGAGGCAGGCCGGGCCCUCAAGAUGGCGGCGGGUGCCCAGAGCGGCUCGGCCCGGCAGUAGUGGGGGGACGGCACUCGCCGCUGGGGCCGGCCGCCCCGGGAGUGGCUGCAGCAGCGCCAGGGUCGAGGAUGGUAAAAUGACCCAGGGGAAGAAGAAGAAACGGGCCGCGAACCGCAGUAUCAUGCUGGCCAAGAAGAUCAUCAUUAAGGACGGAGGCACGCCUCAAGGAAUAGGUUCUCCUAGUGUUUAUCACGCGGUUAUCGUCAUCUUUUUGGAGUUUUUCGCUUGGGGAUUAUUGACAGCGCCCACGUUGGUGGUAUUACAUGAGACCUUCCCUAAACAUACAUUUCUGAUGAAUGGCCUAAUUCAAGGAGUAAAGGGCUUGCUGUCAUUCCUCAGCGCCCCGCUUAUUGGUGCUCUUUCGGAUGUUUGGGGCCGAAAGUCCUUCUUGCUGCUAACAGUGUUUUUCACGUGUGCGCCAAUCCCUUUAAUGAAGAUCAGCCCAUGGUGGUACUUCGCUGUUAUCUCUGUUUCUGGGGUUUUUGCAGUGACUUUCUCCGUGGUAUUUGCAUAUGUAGCAGAUAUAACCCAAGAACAUGAAAGAAGUAUGGCUUACGGACUGGUUUCAGCAACAUUCGCUGCAAGUCUGGUAACCAGCCCUGCCAUUGGCGCUUACCUUGGGCGAGUGUACGGGGACAGCCUGGUGGUGGUCCUGGCUACAGCGAUAGCUUUGCUGGAUAUUUGCUUUAUCCUUGUUGCUGUGCCAGAGUCACUGCCGGAGAAGAUGCGGCCAGCAUCAUGGGGGGCACCCAUUUCCUGGGAACAGGCUGACCCCUUUGCAUCCUUAAAAAAAGUGGGCCAGGACUCCAUAGUGCUGCUCAUCUGCAUCACGGUGUUCCUCUCCUACCUGCCGGAGGCGGGCCAAUAUUCCAGCUUUUUUUUAUACCUCAGACAGAUAAUGAAAUUUUCACCGGAAAGUGUUGCAGCAUUCAUAGCGGUCCUUGGCAUUCUCUCCAUUAUUGCACAGACCAUAGUCUUGAGUUUGCUUAUGAGGUCAAUUGGAAACAAGAACACCAUUUUAUUGGGUCUGGGAUUUCAAAUAUUACAGCUGGCGUGGUAUGGCUUCGGUUCAGAGCCUUGGAUGAUGUGGGCGGCCGGGGCGGUCGCAGCCAUGUCCAGCAUUACCUUCCCAGCCGUCAGCGCGCUCGUCUCACGGACUGCAGAUGCCGAUCAACAAGGCGUCGUUCAAGGAAUGAUAACAGGAAUUCGAGGACUGUGCAAUGGUCUGGGACCAGCUCUUUAUGGAUUCAUUUUCUACAUAUUUCAUGUGGAACUUAAAGAACUGCCAAUGACAGGAACAGACUUGGGAACAAACACAAGCCCACAGCACCACUUUGAACAGAAUUCCAUCAUCCCUGGCCCCCCUUUCCUCUUUGGAGCCUGUUCAGUACUGCUGGCUCUGCUUGUUGCCUUGUUUAUUCCGGAACAUACCAAUUUAAGCUUAAGGUCCAGCAGCUGGAGAAAGCACUGUGGCAGCCACAGCCACCCCCACAGUACGCAAGCGCCAGGAGAGGCCAAAGAACCUUUACUCCAGGACACAAAUGUGUGACAGCUGAAAUCAGGAAGACUUUUCUAUCAGCACCCAGGUCUUAGUUUUCACCUGUAGUUCUGGAUGUACAUUCCACUUCCAUCUGCCAUGGACUUUAAGAUUGUCUUAAGACAUGAUCUGCAUGAACUCCGUGGAAACUAAAGAGAACCGAAGCGAACUGGACAGUUUUCCAAAGAUGUUACAGUUUCUUUUGAAAAGAAACCUUUUGUUUAUUAGCACCAGUUUCUUGCCACUAAGCUGUUUGUUUUAUUAUACAUCCCUUAAUUAAAAUUAAAAACUAUAUAUGUAACUUCUUAGAUACUAGCAAUGUCUCUGCUACCAUUUCCUUCAGGUGUUGAGCUUUAAUUCUAUUUAUGCCGACUCGCAGUGAGACAGAGUAGGUAGUAUGGCGUGGACCUGUUCGUUUUAACAUUGUAAAAUCCUGAGUCAGAUUUUAAUAUUGUAAAAUCUUGGGUCAAAUAAUUCAAAGCCUUAAUGCAGAUGCACUAAAGUAAAGAAAUGGUAAAUGAAUUGUUUGCAUUUUAAAAACAAAACUCUUAAGAAAACUGUACUAAAUCUGAAUCAUGUUUCAAGCUUGUUUGUAGUAAUUUUAUUUUUAACAUUAUUCACUACUGUUUUUGAAGUGAAAAAAUAUCAGCCAUUUAGAAUUUAAAUUGGGGUGUUUGGAGCCUGUAAGUCUAAAUGCUGGCUCAAAUUUGUUCCCCAACUACUUAUACCACUAUUCUUUUAAUGUUUGCAUAAUCAUAAGAACCUCAACACUUGAAUACAUAAUCUAAAAAUUAUAUAGUAAAGCUGGUAGCCUUGAAAAUGUCAAUGUGAUAUCUAUAUGUAGAUAAAUAUAUAUAGUGGCCUUUCAGGACUGUCACAGUAACACUUUAUUUACAGAGCUAAUGUUUGUCCUAAAUUUUCAGGACCCUAGAAGAGAGCUUUAUACAAUUACUGAUGUGAAUUUCUCUAAAGUGUAUAUUUUUGUGUCCAGUUAUAUUAUUUAAAAAAGUGUUACUUUGUAAAAAUUGUACAUAUAAAGUAUUGUAUAGUUUACACUGUU